AUGGAUUCCGGUGCUCCCCAGACUGGUGCUGCUACUGGCAACGUCAGCGGUCGUCGCCGAAGCUCAGGCUUCAUGCCCGCCUUUGCCGGUCUCUCUGAGCAGAAGCGUGGUUCUCAGGACAGCGCUGCCCGCCGAGCGAGUAUGUCAGACCAAGCGCCCAAGAGCGGCUUCUUUGGCCAGUUCUUCCACAACAACUUCGGAAGAAACGCUCAAAAGUAA